AUGUCUUCAAGAAUCGUCAUUGGGACAGCAGCCGGUCUAGCCACUUUACUAAGUUAUUCCCUUUAUAACCGUGAAAAGAAAAGGACCCCCUCUUCUUUGAAUGGAGGUCCUUAUUUAACUCAAGAUGAGUUAUUCAAUUUAAGAACGGGGCAAGGAAUCACUGGGAAAGUGUUACAAAGUUACCAUUUGCCCAACUACCAAGAUAAAUGGAGUUCUAAAUUGAAAGAUGGGAUUUUUGAUGAUUUUGGUGCUCUUUGGAGAGCCCUUCUUUUCCAAAAGAAUCAAAUGGCACAAAUGAAUGGGGAUGUCAUGUUAAGGGACUUGGAAAGAGGGAAGAGAAUGGCUGUGAAGAACUAUAAUGACGCGGUGAGGGUUUAUAAUCAGUAUAUUGAUGAUUAUAAGGAGCACGAUAAGAGCUGGCUUUAUGAUUCUAUUAGGCAUCAGGUGGAAAAGGCUCGUAAUGAGUUAGAUGAUGCUGUAUAUCAAUUUAAACACUUUGGUGAAAAUUUGGAGGAUAGUGAUACGUUAAGUAACACUACGAGUAAGUUUAAGGAAAGCUGGAACAACAUUAAACCCGGUAAGACUGUGGAUCCUGAAGAAGUAGAUAAGAUUGUGGCUAGUCAAAGUGUUUAUGGAUGGGGUGAAAACGCACAAGAAUUUGCUCGUGAAGAAAUGGAAGAGAAUGUGAGAAGACAACAGCAACAAACUGACGCUGCUGCAAAGAAAUUAAAGGCUUUCAAACAAAAUGCUCUUGACAAGGGUUGGUUUUUAUUAAAUAAGGAUAAGGUGGAAGAGGAAGAACAGGUUGCUGAGAAUGCUUUGAAAGGAUUAGAAGGUUGGGGUGAAAAUGCUGCACAAUUUGCUAAAGAUGAAUAUGAAGAUAUUAAAUGGCAACUUGGUACAUCAAAAGAAUCUUUAACUGAUAAAGUUGAUAAGAGUUGGGAGAAAAUGGCUGAUGCUAAGAAGAAAUUAGAUGAAACUCAAGCAAAAUGGUGGGAAUUUGGACAAAAGAAAAACAAUGAAUUGUAUGAAGAGGCCAAGAGACAAUACGAUCUAGCUGAAACCGACUAUCAAAAGGCUAGGAAGAAGUUGAGUGAAUGGAACGAUAAAAUGUGGGAAAAGACAGAUAGUUCCAUUCACACUUUAAAGGAAGGUUCAGAAAAGGCUAAUGAAAAAAUUCAAUCAGGUUUAAGUAAGACUCAAAAUUACAUCAGGGACCAGUAA